GGAUAUGAGGUGGCCACUUCAAGGAGCAAGCCAAAGAUAAACACGUAUCAGAAACAGGCUUCAGCAAGGGGAUUGCAGCAUAUUGGGUUGAGAACAUGGAAUAGUACAUGCAGAUGAUAAAAUAAGGGCUGAGCAGAUAUAUUCGGUUUACCGAGUUUAAGCGUUUUACAAGGUGUUGGGCAAGAAAAUCAAGUGCAUUCCUGUGAAAGCGACAAAGAUCGCUGUGCCUGAGCCAAUGAUGGUACGUGCAGCCCUCGUAACUGCCACCAGUCUGGUGCUGACUGGAGCAGUGGUUGCCCAUGCCUAUUUUCUUAAACACCAGUUCUACCCCACAGUGGUGUACCUCACCAAGAGCAGCCCCAGUAUGGCGGUGUUGUACAUUCAGGCAUUUGUUUUGGUGUUCUUGUUGGGGAAGUUCAUGAGGAAAGUCUUUUUUGGACAGCUAAGAGCAGCUGAGAUGGAGCAUCUGAUUGAACGCUCCUGGUACGCAGUGACAGAGACGUGCCUGGCUUUCACAGUGUUCAGGGACGACUUCUCCCCUCGCUUCGUGGCUCUCUUCACCUUGCUGCUCUUCCUUAAGUGCUUCCAUUGGCUGGCUGAAGACAGGGUGGACUUUAUGGAGAGGAGUCCAAAUAUAUCCUGGGUUUUUCAUUUCAGAGUCUUAUCUCUCAUGGUGCUGCUCGCAGUCCUUGACUUCCUGUUUGUCAACCACGCUUGCCAUAGUAUCAUCACUCGUGGAGCCUCUGUCCAGCUUGUUUUUGGAUUUGAGUACGCCAUCCUGAUGACCAUGGUGCUGACCACCUUCAUCAAGUACACCCUCCACACCGUAGACCUUCAGAGUGAAAACCCCUGGGACAACAAGGCUGUCUACAUGCUAUACACUGAGCUCUUCACUGGCUUCAUCAAAGUACUCCUGUAUAUGGCGUUCAUGACCAUCAUGAUCAAAGUACACACCUUCCCUCUCUUUGCCAUCCGACCCAUGUACCUGGCUAUGAGGCAAUUCAAGAAAGCUGUAACAGACGCCAUCAUGUCCAGACGAGCUAUCCGCAACAUGAAUACGCUUUACCCGGAUGCAACCCCUGAAGAUCUUCAGGCCUCUGACAAUGUUUGUAUUAUUUGCCGUGAGGAGAUGGUCACUGGAGCUAAGAAACUUCCCUGCAACCACAUCUUCCACUCGAGCUGCCUGCGCUCGUGGUUCCAGAGGCAGCAGACGUGUCCCACCUGUCGCAUGGACGUCCUCCGGGCCUCCAACCCCAAUCAGACGCCCGUGCCGGCCCCAGCCCCGCCCGCUGCCCCAGCUGCCCCCGCCAACGCCCCGGCCCCUCCUGUGAACGUGGCCCCAGGAAUGAUGCCUCACUUCCCCCCUGGCCUCUUCCCCUUCUGGGGUCCUUUCCCUGGGGCAGCCCCCCCUGCUGGGGCUCCUGGCGCCCAGGGCCCCGCAGAUACCCCACAGGCUAACACGGACACGAGUCAAACUCAGGGAGCAGGUGCCGGUCGCCCCAUUGGUGUGGAUGGAGGCGCUGCUGCUCCCGGUAACCCUGGAGGAGCUAUCCCAGGGUUCCCCUUCUCCUUCCCUCCUCCUCCAUUCCCAUCUGCCCCGUGGUUGCCUAUGCCGCCUCCCCCUCCAUUUGUGUCGUCGAUGCCGCCCCCUCCCCCGUCCCUGUCCAUCCUGUCUGAGGCCGAGCUCAGGGAGCUGGAGCAGGAGGGCCGGAGAGGCCUGGAAGCCAGGCUGCAGUGUCUCAACAACAUCCACACGCUGCUGGACGCCGCCAUGCUCAACAUCCAUCACUACCUGACCACCGUCGCCACACUCACUCCCCCACGGCCUCAGUCCAGCACCGGAACGGCCAACGGGUCGACAGUGGCAGAGUCCUCCCCCCCUACUGUGAACGGUCCUGAUGACCAGAAUCAGUCCCAGGACCAAACCCCGGAGGACAGCUCCCAGAGCUCUGAACCUGCAAUUGGGGCAGAAGGCUUUUCCCAGCCCGCGGACUCCACCACCACUGAAAAUGACCAAGUGAGGGAGGAGGAGGAGGAGGCAGUGGCUGUGGAUGGGGGUGAGCCUAAUGCUGCAGAGCUGAGGCGCCGCCGACUUCGCAAGUUGGAGACCUCACCUCCAGAAGAUCACUGAUCACAUCUGCUGAUUUAUGGGACUUAUGGACUAUGGAAAUGACUUAUCGGUCCCCCCCCCCCCCCCCCCCCCCCCCCCCCCCCCCCACUCCAAUUUCUCUCGCUCUGCGUGCCCCCCUUCCCCCAGCCCUACACGAUGCCUGAGCGAUUAACCCAGAAGGUCAGGGAAAAAGGAACAUCCUCGUUUCUGGAAUAUUCUUUAUUGGGAUGUAUACCAUUAUAUAUGUUUUUUUUUUCCUCACAGUGACAUUUAUACAAACUUGUACGCAGGUCCUUGCAAGUCUUGCGAAUUUAGAGGAACAAUGUUGCAGUUCAAAAUGCAGGCCAUAAUUCUUAAGACGGUGACUAGAUAUGAAGACUGUUUUAAAUCUCAAGGGGGUCACUGGCACAAAAUUUCACCUCUGCAUCUCCUUGUAAGGAUUUAACCCAGCCGUGCGAUUUUUUGCUUUUUGUUUUUGUUUACUGUAAAUCUUAUCACUCUUUAUAGCCUGGCUUGACGUUACAUACAGAAUAAGGUCUGACUGUUCAAAUACGAUUUGGGUCAAAUUAGAUGUAGUGUCUGGAUUUAUGGACAUAGAAGUUGGCAUUUUUUUCUGUCUGUGAUCUCUAGAUUUUUUUUGUAAGGGUAUUAUAUAAAUUAAGUGGGUUGAAUGAACCUGUACAUACUGUAUAAAGUUUUAAUAGGAUGAUCUGUACAUAACGCAGAAUAAACCAUUAAAAUUGAAUUGCGCUGUGGCACUGUGUAAA